GAAUGAGAGUGGAGCGUAUCCUCACCAGGAGAAGGGCUAUAGAGACAAGGGGAGGGAGAGGAGAGAUGGACAAUAUCAUCAAGAAGGAAGGAAUGAAGGAAGAGGAAAUAGAAGAGAUUUUAGACAACAUAACCAGGAGAGGGAGAGGGGGAGAGAAGGCAACAGAGAUAGAAGAAACUUUAAUAAAAGAAGAGGAAACUGGGAAGGAACUAGCCAAAGUGUACCUCAAGAGAACUGGGAGGAUGAUCAGGAUAGAGAGAAAGAGAGCUGGGACAAUAAUGGAGAGAAUUGGGACCAAGACUUGGAGACCCAAGAGAUGAAGAGAAGAACUAAAAAUAAAGAGAAAGAUAGCGAAGAAAGACAGAGAGGGUUUAAGAACCAUGGAGGAUCUAACCAAAGAGAUGAGUAUAACCAGGGAAGACGCACCCAGGGAGGCUGGAGUAGUGAGAGAGGCCAGGAGAGACAUCAACAAAGAAGACAAAGAAACAAUGAAGGAAGACAAGAUGGAAGGAGAGAGAGGAAUGAUAGAGGAAGGGAUGAUAAUGACUGGGAGCCUAAUGAAGGGAAUAGGCCCACUGGAAGAGAGGAGAAGGAGGCUCAAACUAAGAAUGAAGAUUCUACCAAGAAAGAUGAUAGUGUUAAUGAAUGUAAUGCAACCAGCCAUGAGGGAGAAUCCCAAUCGCUAUUCUCUUUCUCUUCAUCACGAGUUUUCUCUCUGAGUGGCAACGACCGACUAGUGGUGAGAGAAGUUGACCACACCAGUGGGCGGAGAGUAGGAAGAGGAAGAGGAAGGGGAAGGGGAAUAACCUCAGGAUCCAAAGAUAUCGGGUUAGUAGGAAAGACAAUGACCCAAUCAGUCAGUUCUAAUGGAGACCCACCAGUGACUAGUAAUAAUACCGUUACUAGUAGCACUGGCCCCCUUCCUCAUAGUGGCAUUACUAACAAUGAUGGUAAUGAUAAACCAGCUCAAGAGGCUAAUGAUGAACCAGAAGGACAGGAGACUAUUGCUGGUGAUCCAAUGGAGUCAAAUGAGGUGGACAGUAAAGGAGGACCUGCUAAACCAAAGAGGUACUCUUCAAGACGUCAGAAACCUGAUCAGGCUGAAGGAGCUGACUCAGCAGAUAAAACAAUGCCAAGUACAGGAAUGGAAUAUCCUCCUCCUCCUCCAUUUGGUUAUGGUUGGGUAUACCCUCCCCAUCCCUCCAUGAUACCUCACCAAGUAGACCCUAGCUCUUACCAAGCUCAGCAGCAACAGCUUCAUUACUACCAGCAGCACAUGAGACUCUUACAAGACAUGUACAGUCAGCACACAGGAGGAGCUGCUGCUGGAGCUAAUCCACCUCUAAUACCUCUCCUGCCUCACCUGAUGGGACCUCAGGAUCAGUUCACACUAUUACCCAGCCCUCAUCACUUUCCUCCUCUCACUCCUCCUCCUCCUCGUUACCCUCUGUCUACUGGAGACUUGAAACCAUCCCCUACUGUUGACAGCAGUCAUGAGUCCAGCCCCUCUCCUGCUGUAGUGGCACCAGCUGCUACUGAGAAGAAACCCAGUCAAGCCAUUCCUAUUGUUGCUCCUACAGACGUACACAAUAAUGAGUAAUGGUGGUUCAUCAAUAGUGAAUGAGUCUAUGCUGAAUUACAUGUACGACACACAUGUACAUGACUGUACGUGUAAGAUUAAUGUUGUAUUUUUGUUAUUGGAAAAAUAAUUAUUAAUAAUGAAA